GUGAUCGACCAGAGUCCAUCAGUCAGCCAUGGACAUGUCAGACACAUCAGCACACGGAACACCACUGACAUCCACCAUAUUCAUAAGCGCAAAGGAGAACUACCAAAAAGGAGCCAAUCUGGAAUUAUCACCAUCGUAUCUAAAGAUGGAGAUCUGGUCCUCGGCUCCGAUGGCAAGCUGUAUCGUCUCAAACCUGGACCACCGGGCGUUAUGGGUCCUCCCGGGCAGGAAGGCUUCCCUGGAGAACCUGGCGUGCUUGGGUUCAAAGGUGAUAAGGGUAAGAUUGGCCCUGAAGGGAGUCCAGGAAAAAGGGGUGAGCAAGGACAUGCAGGACCACCAGGUCUACCAAGCCUUUACCUUUGGAGGAACACUGCUGAUGAAUGGGCUUCCUUCCAGAAAACCAAUUUCUACCAGUUGCUGUGUGCCAGUUGGCCCACCGAAGAAGGUCCUGUUGGACCACCUGGAGAGAUUGGCAAGACUGGCAUGCGGGGCGCUCCUGGUGAACCAGGGGAACGCGGGCGACCAGGGAUGCCAGGAGAGACGAUUUUGCGCCUCGUCAGUUGUUCAAAUGUCGCAGCUUCUCCCUAACAAGCGGGAUAUAAAUCACAGUUGUCAGAAGGGGAGCAAGGACCAAGGGGCCCUCGAGGAAAAGCCGGGGCCCCGGGCAAAGACGGGGAAAAUGGAGGAGAUGGACAGCCUGGGUCACUUGGUGUCACGGGGUUACAGGGUGCAAUGA